AUGAACGAGCUUUUCAAACUGUUUCACAGCCAGACGUUUAUUCAGAAAACUCAACAAUUCUGUCAGACGUGUGAGAUAGAAUGGCAUUUCAUACCGCCAGACGCCCUGAAACUCGGUGGACUCGGGGAGUCGGCGGUUAAAUCCGCAAAAACACUUAUAAAGCGUAUUGUAGCAAACUCUAAGUUGACUUUCGAGGAACUAGCGACCAUCUUAGCGGAGAUCGAGGCAGUGUUGAACUCGCGUCCAUUGUUCAGUGUAUCAAACGAUCCGGCUGAUUCGAAGGUUAUAACUCCUGCACAUUACACGAUCGGACGUCCACUAGUUGCACCUGCUGAACCUUCUUUGGAAACCGUUAAUGUGAACCGUUUGGAUCGCUGGUAG